UAUCUCGUAGCGCGGCGGCCGAGCGUGACCGCUCCGCCACCGCCUCUCGUCCGUCAGACGAGCGCCGAGCCGUUCGUGUCGUCCUUAUGUCGUAAAUGAUGGUCGCAGAUCGUGUCGUAAAUCAGAUUAAUGUUUACAGUUUUUGCAAAUCGCAUAUUACCUGUCGCGCCGCCCUUUGUGUAAGGGCAGCGCGAGAGGCCGCGGCUCGCGCUCGGCCGGGACUCGCCUGGCACUCACAAGACAAUCGAGUGAAUUAUGGCUAGGUGCAUAUACACCAUGCACUACACAUAACAUACCUAACGUACGCGCCUACCUAUCUAUAGUGCAGCGAAGGCUGUAACUACGUACCUACUCAAACAAAGCAUUUGCCCACAAAUCCAUAAUACUAACCCGACAUGGCCAGAUUUCGCGUUCUUUGUAAAAUUCUUUCAAAGCUAGUGUAGUGUUUAUAUGCGAAAAGUAAUUCGCGAGUUUAAAAACAUCUGUGUUUGUCAAUUGUUGUAUUAAAGUGUGCAUUUUGAGGUUAGGCCGUGAUUUACGCCAUCAGUGUGUGCUAAGAGUGUAGUGGACUAAAAUUUUAUGCGACGAAACAUUCGAAAUUUAUUGAUUCGCUUUUUCCGAAGUCGAGUGUGAGAAACGAAAUGUGUUUGAUGGGUCAAAAGUAUAUAGUCAAAAAAAGUACCUAAUCUCUCAGUGCACAGUCUUAUAAGAUAUUAGAUACAAUUAUUUCAAGUUUUAUUACAAUAAAAUACUUAUAACUAGUGUUAAAAGUGGUAUCAGAGUGUGUUUUUUGCGGUGUGGCAAGUGGAAGCCCCUUGUGGUCCAUGUGAGCAAGAUCGACUCUAUGUUCAGGGAGGAGGGCGAGGAGAAGCCGAAGGCGGCGGAGAGCCAGGACGACGGGUACGAGACGAGCAACAGCGGCGAGGCGGCGCGCCGCAAGCCCUCGAGCGCGGAGGGCUCGCCCGCGCCGCCCCCCGCGCGCUCCCCUCCCGCUGAGCCCGCCUACGAGCCGCUGCUGCAGCGCCCCUUCCCCUCUCCAUACCGACACUUCGAACCGCCGCCCGCACCUCCGCCUCCCGCGCCGCCCCCUGCGCCCGCGCACGAGCCUGAGCCCUACCAGCAUUUUCCCUUCCCCAAGUAUCCACAGGACCCCUACGCCUUCAAGCGCGAACCGGACGCGCCCUAUGAUAUGAGCCAGCACCACCACCACCAGUCGCUGCAGCACCAGCAGCAUCACAACCAGUAUGCGCCGCCUAAGCGUGACGACGACCUCUACAAUGGCGUCAAGCGCGAAUGCGACGACCCUUACUCCUUCGUCGAGGAGGAGGCGAUGUGCGCGAUGCUCGGCCAGCAGCACCACAUGCCGCCGCACAUGCAGCACCACGAUCAGCAUCAGCAUCCGCACAUGCAGAUGCACCCGCAGCAGAUGAUGCUCAAUCAACCCAAGAAAAGAGGGCGAAAGAAAAAAAUUAAAGACGAAAAUGGCAUGGAGAUCAAGGUGGAGGGCGUGCUGGACGGCGGCCUGGCCGUGCGGCCCGUCAAGGAGCGCAAGAAGCACGACCGGUUCAACGGCAUGAGCGAGGAGGAGGUGUCGCGCCGCACGCUGCCCGACCACCUCGCCGAGAACCUCGACAUCAUCAUUAUCGGCAUCAACCCGGGCCUGUUCGCGGCCUACAAGGGGCACCACUACGCGGGCCCCGGGAACCACUUCUGGAAGUGCCUCUACCUGUCCGGCCUCACGCGCGAGCAGAUGAGUGCGGACGAGGACUACAAGUUGCUGAACUUCGGCAUAGGUUUCACAAACAUGGUGUCGCGACCCACCAAGGGCUCGGCGGACCUGACGCGGAGAGAGAUCAAGGAGGGGUCCGCCAUUUUACUGGAGAAGUUACAGACGUUCCGGCCGAAGGUGGCCGUGUUUAACGGGAAGCUCAUCUACGAAGUUUUCUCCGGGAAAAAAGAUUUUUGUUUUGGCAAGCAACCGGACACCAUAGCCGGGACUAAUACGUACAUGUGGGUGAUGCCGUCGUCGUCGGCGCGCUGCGCGCAGCUGCCCCGCGCGGCCGACAAGGUGCCGUUCUACGCGGCGCUCAAGAAGUUCCGCGACUUCCUCAACGGGCUCGUGGCGCACGUGGACGAGGCCGAGCUCGUGUUCCCCGACAACACGUCGCGCCGCCCGCACGAGGAGAUGGAGAUCCGCAGCGAGUCCACUUCCAGGCUGACGAUGGAGCCCGAGCCGGGCGACACCAUCAUCCUCGAGGACGGCACGGAGGUACCGCUCAAGAAGAAGCGGGGGAGGCCCAAGAAGGUGAAGCUGGAGAACGGCGAGACCGUGCCGCCCGUCCCCCGCGCGCCGCGGCAGCCGCGCCCCCCGCCCGCGCUCGACCCCUCGGGGGACAACCCGCCCAAGAAGAAGAGGGGGCGGCCCAAGAAGAUCCGCCCGGAGGAGCAGCAGUUCCUGUUGCAGCAGCAGCAGCAGCAGCAACAGCAGCAACAACAGCAGCAGCAGCAGCAACAGCAACAACAGACCAACUCGAUGCUCCAACCGCAGUUGUCGUCGAUGUCGCAGCUCCCGCACGAGCAGUUCCUGCACUCGUCGGGUGGGGACUUCCCCCCACAGAUGUCGUCCCCGCUGGGUGGCGGCGUCAUGUACGGCGUGCAGCACCAGCAGCAGCUGUCGGACGGCUCGCCGUACUACCAGCCUAAUAAUUCGGCAGUCGACGGCUUCCGAGCGGCUUCGGACAUCAGUUUCGGCUCGAGUUCAUUCGAAGACCGAUAUGGCCGCGAAGUAGGCUCUAGAACGAAUAUAAGCGCUAGUCCGUCGCCAGGGAGCGGCCUGGAGUCCCCGCUGGAGGUGGGCGGCGCGCUGCUGUCGCGCGGCUACGCGUCGCCGGGCGGCUACGCGGCGUCCCCGCGCCACUACGCGUCGCCGCGCUCGCAGCCCUACUCGCCCGGCCCGCAGCGCCUGGCCGCCACGCCGCAGCCGCAGCAGCAGUUCCCGGCCAGCCCCGCCGCCUUCUCCGCGCCCUCCCCCCCGCGCGCCGGCUACGGCUCCCCCGGCGUGGCCGCGGCCCGGGGCUUCGCCGCGCGCUCGCCGCUCUACGCCAGCAGCCCCGCCGCCUACCGCCAGCAGCCCAGCCCCGCCGCGCAGCCGCAGCCGCGCUUCAGCCACGAGCCGCUGCCCUUCGCGCGAGACACCGCGCAGGGCGGCUCGGCGGGCGGCUUCGCGCGCUCGCCCGCGCCGGCGGGCGGCGGCGUGGUGGGCGGCGCCAGCACGCCGUUCCCCGCCGCGUCCCCCGCGGGCGCCGCGCUGCACUCGUACACGCCGUCGCCGGCGCACACGCCGUACAGCCACCACUCGUCGCCCGCGCCGGCGCCGCUCACGCCCGCCUACUCGGACGCGCACCACUUCGCGCCGCAGGGCGGCACGAGCGGCUCGAGCGGCGGCGCGUACGGCGCGGAGCUGUCGAGCGAGAUCGGCGCCGCCAUCUCGUCGCCGGGGCCCGUGUCGCCCGGCAUGGCGGCGCUGGACUUCGAGCCGCCGCGCGACGACAACAGCCCCAUGGGCAGCACCGACAUGCAUCCCGGCAGCAACAGCAACUCGUCGCUCUCCGACUACAACAAGCAGCAAAGCAAUCCUGGCGGCGCGGAGCUGUCUCCGGGCGUGUCCGUGGGCGCAGGCGUGGGCGUGGGCGUGUCCGUGGGCGCCAGCCCCUUCGGCUCCACGCUCUACGACGGAGAGGCGCGCCUGCAGUCCGACUACUACGCGCAGGAGCAAGGCAACGGUGUAGGAGACAGUCCCCGGUUAGACCAGCUACAUCAGCAUCCCUCCAUGUAUCCUAGCAAUUUUAAUAGGUCGACGCCGACGGGCGACAGCGACGCGGGCUUCGCGCGCGCCGCCUUCCGCAGCGACCACCACCCGCCGCCCGCCGGUUCGCCGAGCGAGUACGGCAGCGCCGGCGGCGGGGAGUCCGGGCCCGGCACGCCCAAGAGCAAGUCGCAGGACGUGGCGUCCAAGUCGCUGUCGGGGCUGGAGUCGCUCGUGGACCAGAUCCCGUCCAUCGCGGACGGGCCCAGCGCGGGCGCGGCGGCGGAGCAGGGCGCGCCGCCCGUGCCCGCGCUGCCCGACUACGCGCCCGCGCUGUACCCGCCCUACCCCGCCUACGGCGCGCCCGCCUACGGCAACAACGGGUACGGCGGGCCGUUCGUGGGCUACGGCGGCGGCUGGGGCACGCAGCUCAUGCGGCCGGCGCCCGGCUACCUGCCGGACUGGCAGUACGGCUACGCGCCCGGCGUGCCGCCCGCCUACGCGCCCUACAACUCGCCCUACUACAACGGCUACGCGGGCCCGCCGCCGGCGCACCACCAGCAGGCGCACUACCUGUCGGCGCCGCCGCUCAUCGACCUGCACAAGAACGGCGAGCACGCGGGCGGGGUGCCGCCCGUGCCGUCGGUGCCGUCCGUGCCGUCCGUCGGCUUCGGCGGCUUCUGUUAGUGCCGCGCCCGCCGAACUGAAUCUCGCCUCGCCCCGGACCGGCGGCGGAUCGGUCGCCGACGUUUUGUGAAGCGAUCGUUAGUGAUGUAAUUUAAUCUUUUUCAAACUGAUGAGCUUAAUUUUUAGGAUUUAUUUGUAAAUAUUGUAUGUAUUUAUUUCGAUCCAUCACACUCUCUCAACUCACUCGGUCGCCUCGCUCGUGAGGGUCGCGCGGGCUCGGGUGGGGGUGGCGCGCGUCGUACUUAAUUUAUUCGGAAUGUCUGUGAUCCUCGGUGUCGGUCGUGGAACUGGUUCGAAACGGGCAAAACCUUUACGUUUUCGAAGCAAAUUAUAUAUUUUCGGAAGGUCGAGCCUCGGAAGAAAAAAGUCUUGCCAAUGAAAUGUUUCGCGUUCUAGUCAGUUACUAAUUCGUGUCGGCUAGUCAAAUUGUAAAGCGCCUCCCCCGCCCCCGCGCGAGCGAGCCGUGCGGUAAAAAUAUUUUUAUCUAAGUCACAAGAGCGGCCUAUGAGAUAUGUAAUGUAUACUUUUAUUUAGGUUUAGUUACACGUUACGUGGAGUCGGUUACGCUAUUUACGAAUCGAUUUAAGCAUUUUUACACAUAAUACACUUGAUAUGUACUUAUUUGCCGUCGUUCGCGACACUCAUGUUACCGAAUCAGUUACAUAGCUUCGGAUCGCUAGUGACUAGCAUAAUUUUACAUUGUAUCGUAAUCUAUUUUUAUGAAUCGUGCGCCAUCUUAUCCCCGGGCUCCUCGUUGUACGAGUUGCCGGUUACGCCCUCUAGUUUUAAUUUAAUGUUUUUAAUGCAUAAUAUUUACGUCGGGUGCUGAGGGGUUCGAUUGUUUUGUCGUUAAGAAGAUCGUCAUUCGUGACGAGCUCGUAGGACUGUACGGCUCGGGCGUCGCCGUACGUUACGGUUACAUUUAUUAAGUCUUUAGUAUGUUGUUGAAGUUUUUAUUUUGAUUUUGUUGGUAAAUACUAGACGAUGUGUCUUACGAAACGUCUAGACUGUAAGUAGGGACACGCGGUCUCGGGCUCCUUGGACACGAGCACCGCAGACGCGCUCGGCGGAAACGAACUCCGCGUGUGAUAUUUAUCGCCGCGCCCGAGCGCAAACAUUUUUACUAAAUUCUCUUAUCAAAGUUAUUUUUUUUGCACAAACGAAUAAAUAAAAUUAAUAUAAGGUAAAAACGAAAUAACAUACGUAAGAAAGACAUAUACGUUAAUGAUAGGUUUACUCGAAAGAAUUUAUAUAUACUAUAGUGAUGAUCGGGAAGUGGUCGCGGGCGGUCGGCCGUCGGGCCGUCGGCGCCGCAGCGCAGCGAGCUGUCCGCGUUAGAUAGCUAAAAUGACAUGUUACGGUAAAACACUUUCGUUUGCACAAAUUGUCUUUCAUUUUUAAAUAAAUUUGUAAAUAAAUAUAUAUAAAUCUAAUACGUUUCAUUAAUCUGCAGGUAUUGUCGACCGAUUGCACCAUUUGUAGCAUAUCAUUUCACUAUUUUAAUGCGUUAUUAUUUUUUUAUUUAUUUAUUAUUAUUUGGUCAAUCAGAAAAGAAAAUUUGAUAAGUUUAUAAAUGAAAUCAACAGGGUAUUUAAGAUUGCUUAAGAAAUAUUAUUUUAUAUUUAUUAUGGUUUUUACGCGUCUUUUCGCUCGCGUCGUUGUGUUAAAAUUACUUAUCUGUACCGAUAUUGUUUAUUGUAUUGACACAUGUAAGCUUCGCCUUAACACUCGCACGUCGACACUUCGUCCUUCAUUUAUUCUAUAAUAAACAUGCUCACUUUAUUAAAUUAUCUUAUAAUAUUUUAUAAAAUAAUAUGAAGUGCAAUAGUGAAGAUGGUGAAUGUUAAGAUGGAGUCCGUUGGACCCCGCUUUUACGCUGAUUCGUUAUCUUGUGACCGCUACGAUAAUAUACGCGGUCACGGCGACGGGAUUUGAGUAGAAUCUCAAAGCUACAGCGUAGAGGUUGGCCUCAACGGUAAUAUUUUGCCUUUGUACAUAAUGAGUGCUUUAUUACGCUUUUUGAUAUUACUAUAUUUUUAUUUAUAAUCUACUACGAUACUAUUAUAUUUUUGCUUUUGUACAAUACAUUUUACAUUCUGUAUGAAUAUCGCUGGUGUUCAGGUCGCGCCGCGGCAGUCGCCCAGUCGCGCCCGUAUUUAACACGCUAGUACGUUUGAAUUUGUUCGACUUCCACUUUUUACCACAGUAAAUAUAAUUAGCAAAAGGUCCGAUUAUUUUCGUUGAUUUACUAAUAAGUUGUCGCUAGUAAGCGCCGCAAGGUCCCGGCGCGACCUGCGUCGCGACCGGCGUCGCGACCGGCGUCGCGACCGGCCUACUCGAUGUGUCCGGCGCCGCGCCGGCGGGCCGCUCGCCCGGCCGAGGGACGGCCGUAGUCGUUAGUGUAAGUCUCUAUCAACGAGUUAGGGUUAGUGCGGGGGGCGCCCCCCGCGACUGUCGGCGACGACCAGUGCGAUGCAUUGAGUCGCUCGACUAUUUGUACAGUAUGUAUAUUUUUGUAAAAUUCAUUCUAACUUGUGGCAAUAUUAUAAAAUUUUAAAAUUUAUCUCUAAUAUUGAUACUUAGUACAAUUGUUAAAUGCGAUUAUUUUGACUCGAUCCGGUAGAUCAGAUCGUCUCGACGAUUCGAUGACGAGCCAACGGGGCAUCGACGAAGCUAGCACGAACGGAGCGAGAUCGCCCGUUGGCGUCGGUCGAGGGCCAGCUCCCUGCAGUCUAGUUAGGUAGUCGUAUGUCGCUAAUGUCGACCGCUUGGUUGUGAAUAAAUGUCGCUUGUCGCUCCGCUCCGUCAACCGCGCUCCGAAGUCGCAGUAUUGCCGUGCCAAACGCUCACCGACGCAGGAGCUCCGAAGCAAUAAUUAUACAAUGUUACGAUUUAUAUCUCAAUUGAAAAGCAAUAAACUCUGUGGAUUACGUUCGAGUUCGUGUCGGAUGUUUGUAUAGCGAAUACUCGGCGUUUCUGAUCAUUGUGUCAUUUUAAAUUCUAAAGGAACACUGGCUGUCACUCGAUUCAUGCAUUUCGGCAAAGACGACGACAAAUUAUCAUGUAGGUCAUAAUGAUUCGUUUCGGUUACGGGAUACGUGAUACGUGAUGAUACCGUUUAGUGGUGAACAACAGAGUUCCGACAGGUGACGGAGUUCGAAUCUAGCUCAAUUUUAUUGAUACUUAAUUAUUGUAAUUUAUUAUUGUAACUCGACUCGCUUGUUAUUCAUAGUUAAUUAUAUCGAGUCACUCUUUAUCGGCUGGUUCCCGAAACAUUACCGAUCACCCAGACCCAGACCCGGUCCCGUGCGUCAGUGGCGCCAGCCGACUGACGUACACCACUGUAGGCUACUCGAAUGACUCGCAUUUUACCCACGGUGCUUGUUUCUUAUAGUCGGGGACGCGGCUGCUCUCCCGGCCCGGCAACGUCAAACUUAGUGUAAGGGUGCAUCAGUCAUGUGUUACAUUUGAUACAUAUUAGUCAAUUAUUUGCCGUAACCCCCUCCACCCCUCGACCCCUCCACCUCCCCCCUCCCUUCGCCGGCCGCGUCCCCGUAACGCGCGUUAUAAAGUACAAUUUAUCGAUAUACUUUAUCUCUAUUAUUAAUUAAUUAAUUAUAUAGUAGCUACACUGUUGUCACUGUUGAGCGAUGUCGCAUGUUUUCAUUUGAUCGAGAUCGGUUCGUGUGUCCGUUUAUAUAAUGUUUACGCUAGCGGUAACACAGUUGAUAUGUUUGUACAGUUUUUAACGAACUUCUCGUAGUUGACUAAGCAAGAAUUAUUUUAGUAUAUUAUAAGAUCUAAUCGAAUUACAUUUUAGUGUAAUAUAAUGAAGUACUCGAGGUUUUUUCAAAAUUUCAUUUAAGAUUGUACGGUUCUUGUGAGGUUUGAUUUAAAAUAUAAUAUUAAAUGUCUCAUUCGAAACUGACUCCGUAGAAUGUAAUUAGAAUGUAAACAGGAAAAUUUUAAAUAUUAAAAUACAACAUUAAUAAUAAGUAAUGUAUUAUAAAAAUAGGUGUAAGGUAAAAAGUUAUUAACAUUGUAUGGAAAAAUUGUGACAAAAUUAUAGUCAUUUGUAAUAUUAAA